GUAAGGUACUGAAAGUACAUUACGCCAUUUUUCUCUAUAUUGAUACUGGCGGUAUUCUGUUUUGCUAGGGAGUAAGGAGCAGCGCCGAGACAACUAUAUGUUUUUAUUAUACUAAUACAGAAAAACUGCAGUGGAAAUGAGAUGAGUUGAUUUGAGGUUUUUUCCCCAUGUGUAAGUGUGAUUCACCAGAAAUGUCGACAGGACCCCACCUCUAGAUAAUGCAAGCAAACCCUUGCAGCAUUGUGAUUGCAGAUCAGCAAACUCUCCAUAUUGUAUGUCUUUGGCAUCUUUGUGGUUGUCAGAUGUCGAUAGCUGGAUGUUUACAUGAAUGCUACACUGCAUCUCAGUCAGAUGCUGAGAAACUGGGUUGGUGGUGUUUGUCAUCAGCACUGCAGAACCCUGAAGUGAGUCAUUUUCUCCAGCAAUAGUGGCACCCUACCUAGUACUGCUGGAAAAGCUUCUAUUUUUCUGUUUAUCUGGGGCAUUCAUCUUGAAGUGGAAAGAUUCUAAUUUUCGCCCUAGUUUGGCAGCUUUGCUGCUCACUUAAAUACAGAUGAAUGAAGACCCCAUUUGGAAAGGCAACAGUGGGCCAGCGGUCCAGAGCUGAUUUGGGCAGAGGAGGACAUGCUGGGGUUUCUGCCACCAUGAUGAAGAAGAAAGGUGCCCACAAAACCACUGGUCCUGUUGUUAUCAAAGUUGGUAUGGAUGCUAAAUCAAAAGGAGAACCGCCAGCCAAGAUGAAAGGUGCUGCUGAAAGCAUGAAAUCCAACAGCCAGAGGAACAACCGGAUUCGGCGCACUCAAGCAGUUGAAAGGAAAAAACCAACUAAUGUGGGCCCAAGCAAACCCAUCUCUCAGCCCCGGCGGAAUAUUGUUGGCUGCAGAAUCCAGCAUGGUUGGAAAGAGGGCAGUGGACCUGUAACACAAUGGAAAGGAACUGUUUUGGAUCAGGUUCCAGUAAAUCCAUCACUCUACCUGAUAAAAUAUGAUGGAUUUGAUUGUGUUUAUGGACUAGAACUUCACAAGGAUGAAAGGGUAUCAGGGCUCGAGAUCCUUCCAGACAGAGUUGCUUCAUCCAGAAUCAGUGAUGCACACCUUGCAGAUACCAUGAUUGGAAAGGCAGUGGAACACAUGUUUGAAACAGAGGAUGGCUCCAAGGAUGAAUGGAGGGGGAUGGUGUUAGCCAGAGCUCCUAUCAUGAACACAUGGUUUUAUAUCACCUAUGAAAAAGAUCCCGUCUUGUACAUGUACCAGCUGUUAGAUGAUUACAAGGAAGGUGACCUUCGCAUCAUGCCAGACUCUAAUGAUUCUCCACCAGCAGAGCGAGAGCCAGGCGAGGUAGUUGACAGCCUGGUGGGUAAACAAGUGGAAUAUGCCAAAGAAGAUGGCUCAAAAAGGACUGGCAUGGUCAUUCAUCAAGUUGAAGCUAAACCAUCUGUCUAUUUUAUCAAGUUUGAUGAUGAUUUCCAUAUUUACGUCUAUGAUUUGGUAAAAACAUCUUAGACUGUCCUAAACUUUGCCAAAUUGCGGAACUAUUCAGUGUACAAUUUUGUUGACAGAUGAAGAGAGACUUGCCUGCUUCUUAGCAUUCUGAAAGUCUGAGUGUCCCUGCGAGCCCACAAUCUCUGCCAGAAAAACAGUUUUUGGUUCUGCACAGUGUCUGAUUUUUGUAAAUGUGUGACACACUUUUUUUGAAGAAACUGUUCUCCAGGGUUUCCCAAAGGGAGAGGACAAAGAGAUUCACAAGAUCUAAGGCUGUGUGGAAAAGCUGAGAAUGAUGUACAGUUUUCAGCUGCUUAAAUUUUAAACAUUGUAAACUUCUAAAGCUGUCAUUGCUUGCUGUUUUAUUUUUAUGCCUUUAUUUUCACCAAUAAGUUCUGAAGACACCAGUCCAUGCACUGUUGCUUUGCAGUAUCUGGUUGAGAAUCCACACAGUGCAUCUCUGUGCGGUAGGAAACUGUAGUCAAGACUUGCUUAGUAGCAUCCUUAAAAUAUAUCCCAAAGGAAGGGGUGUUGUAUACAGCCACUAAAACUAUGUCCAAACAGAUGUUUUAAAGAGAACUAUCGCCACCUUAUUUCCUUUCGUAGUCAGAUAAAAUACUGUACAAGAUGUUCAUCUUCUUUUCGAAUGCAAAAUAUUAAUGGUAUGCAGAGAUGCACAUGAGCAUAGUCUUUUUUUUUGUGAUGGACCUUGAAGUUGAAGUGUGUGAACCCUUUGGAUUGGUACAAAUCGCUUUUUUUAUAAUCCCAAGCUCAUGUGCCACUUCCAAUUUUCAAAGAAUUAUAAUUGGUCUAGGUUAACUUACUUUGAGUUGUAGUUAGACCAUGGAGUAUUAGUUCUAAACCUGUAAUGCUUGUUCUUGUUUUGACUCUGUUGCGCUUUGUUUACAAUGUUGCCUGUUAGCCUGAAAAUGUGACAAGCUGUGGCCAGGUAGGAGUUAACCACUUAAUUACAUCAGUAAAUGUUUGUUCUAGGUUGAGCUUUUUUUUUUUAGCAGGCACAAUCUGUUCAUUAUGGGGAGAAGCCUUAGAAUGCCUUAUAAUGAAGCCCUUUGGGAUGCCCUAGAAUUUUAGUCAUUUUAUCUUCCCUUAGAGUAAAAACUUUUGUUGCCUAGUAAUGUAAGAUUCUCCUCUUUAUUUGCAGAUGUGCUUUGUUAGAAAAAAUGCAGUGUUAACAUCUUAAAAUGUCUGCGAAGGUUGAUAUACGAAUUUACAUGAUCAGAGCAUUGUCUUUGGAAUGGAAGGAGAUAUAGAAGCUCAUUCCCCAUUUGCUUUGUAAUAGUUUGAAUUUAUACUACAAAGUCAGACAUGCCACAUUUCUCUGAUGCUGGUAAAGGAUUGGAGUCCCAUAAUUGUUUGCAUUUGUGUGUGUAUAUAUUUAGAGGGGGAGAAGUUGGUGAUUUUAAAUGUUCUGGGCAGUUUCCUAUGAAUGUUUUUUUUUUUGAGACUUCUGUUCCUUUGUCAGUGGCAUAUUUUAAUCUUACUGUAGGAGAUGAUCUCCAGCAUUCCAGAGUAAUACCACAGGCAGUUCAUUUGUUGAAGCCCAACAGAUGUAUUAAAAAAGUCUGAACAUUAAUGAAAGUAAUGGGCAUAUUGUUUCCCAGAAACUGGAAUUGCUGCUGCAGUCUGUAGAGAAGGAAGAAUUUAACACCUGCAGUCCUGCCUGAACGUUAAUGAAAGUAAUGGGCAUAUUGUUUCCCAGAAACUGGAAUUGCUGCUGCAGUCUGUAGAGAAGGAAGAAUUUAACACCUGCAGUCCUGCCUUUGCACUCGUGCAGCACAUACUGUUAAAGCUCUGUCAAACCAUUCAGGCAAUUGUCGCAUCAUUAGUCAUUUCUUCAUUGUACUAAUUGGGUUUUCACAUUUUAAUGUAUGGAUCUCGGAACAGUUCCUCAUUGGAUUUAAAAUUUGUACCCAUCAAGAAGUAUUUUGCAGUUUUAAGGUUAAAUGAUGCUAUAUUGUUUCUGCUUUACUUCAUUUUGGUUGCAAUUUUCUUGGCAUGGUGUAUCAUCUGAAUUUUAUUUAUUUUUCCUUUUUUAUUGCUUGCAGUUUUUGAAGUAACCUACUGUACUGGCAGAAUUUUCAGAAGGUUAAGUUCUGGUUUUGUGGUGCUGAGUUGAGCACAGAACAUUUUGGAAUGCAGUAAUUCAAUUGAAUCUAACUGCAAUCACUACAGCAAACAUUUAAUCACAGCUUUGAAGCCUGUAAUCUUCACUUUAUAAAGGUGAAGUUGUUAGCGCUCAUUGGAGGAGGAAUGAACCUUUAGCCUUGCAAAUUAAAAGGUUAUGGGGCACUGUUACAGCAGAUUUCAGUAUGUUGAAAUAACCUUUAUUGUGGGUUGUCCUCAGAGAUGUCUUUUUUGUUUUUAGUUUCUCCCUUUGUCAAUGUUAUCUGAUUCAUGUUUUAGCCUUAAGGCCUGUGCCUCAUUUAUGUUUUUGACUGGUAACUGAAACUCACCAUAUAAAUACUGUUUAUAAAGUUUAUUUACAUUGCUACUAAUGCAGUAUCUGCAGUGUUUUGUCUGUCUUGGGUAGCCAAAGGCAGGUUGUCCUCUAUUUUAGAAAAUAAGCUUCACAGUGCUCAGUUCAAGUACUGAAUUCAGAAAAUCAUAAAUGUUCCUUGUGUUUUUGAACAAAGUGAGCAGAUUUGCAUCAGUGUGUUUGCAUCCAGCAGAUCUGUAAAGUGUUUUCUAUUGACUCUUAAGAGUUCUGCAUGUAAAUCUUAAAAUUGAGCCUGGCUCCGUGAGCCCAAGUUAGUGUUCAUUGUGUUUUUGAAUGAAGGUUGUAUCACAGUUGUAGGCAGUGUUUUCUGUAAUGUCAAAUUAGAGUUGAAAAGUUUUGUUCUGUAUGUAGGAUUCAACAUUUCUGUAAUGUGACCUUCCUAUUCAUUACAAGGCAGUUAUAGUGGUAGCUAGGUCAUAUUCCCUUCAACUUAGGAAAGUGGGAAACCAGAAAAUAUUAUGUUGCUCUCAUUCACUUGCCCACUUUUUGCAGUCCUUUUUGUGGUCGAUCCAUUCUUUGCUUUUUUUUUUUUUUUUUUUUUUUAAACUCCGCCAUUGUGUUUUGCAUUUUGUACUGUGAUAGUCUGUUCCACCAUACACUGAUCACUCCCAUCCAAGAGUUAUUUAACCUUCCUUCCAGAAAUUGCUUCCAAUUCUUUUGUACCUUUUCAUAAUUGUUUGAGAGACUAUUGCUCCUUUUGAGUUAUUAAAUUCUGUUAGGCAGCACAAUGCGCAUCUUUCUCUCCAUGUUGUCUUCCAGUGUAGAGUUUAUGUACCAGUUUCUCCUUUGAUCUGCAGUAUCCAGCUGCACCCUGAUGUCUGUCUUAGCUUUCUUAAAGAAUUGAGAUGUUUUGUAUUUGACAGACUAAGAAGACUAUGUUUCAUGUUUGCAUACUUGUUUUGGUGAGCAUGAGGAAGGGUUUUGGUAAGAACCACUGUAUUUUGCCUGAAAUUGUUGGCGCGAGGCAUAACGCAGGGACUCUUACAAUCCUGCACGAUUUAGCAAUGAGUAUGUGUAAGUUAUCCAAAAUUGUCAGGAAGAAAUGGUAGUUCUCAUUUCUGCUUUGUGGUCAUUGUGUUUUAGGAAUGCACUAGUAUUUGGCGAACCUGGACCUGCAGUGCAUUUUUUUAAUAUAAUAUAUAUAUGCAUUUUGUUCAAUUUUACAUCUUCAAAGCCGCAUUGUCCAGCUGUGAAAUUUCCAUUUACAUUCCCUGUCCUUGUGUUUCAGGCUUUAGGGGUUAAGCUCACAAUCCAGAUCUGCAUGCAGUGCUCACAUUACCUUUUUACCUUGGUGGCAAAAUGUUGGUUCCUUGUUGUAGGGGGUUCAACAUUACUUUCUAAAUGAUCAUGAGAGCUCGGACAACAUAAGCUUUUGUAUCUGUGGAUAAAAAUUUAUUGGCCUUUCUCAUUUACCUACUGUAGUAUUGUACUGUUCGUGAUGUCUGGCUGCCAUGUCAAUAAAUAAGACGCUCCUAAAAGCAGAUCGUUCUUUUUGCAUGCUUAGAAAGUAGUGUGUUCUAUGUAACAAAUUAAAGUUGCAUGUUAUACUGUUUUGUUUUCUCAUUUUAGUUAACAUUCUUUGUAUAUUUGCUUCUUGUGCUGUUCUAAAUGAUUGUCAAUAGGACUUAAUGCACUGGUGACGCAAACAUAGUGCCAACUGAAGGUAAUUUUCCAGUGAUGUAUGUCAUGCAGCAUUUGAGGGACCAACAUUCUGUUUUAACCACUGCAGCUGAACCCACAACUGUCCUUUCCGAUUAACAAAAAAGCAGUUGGGCCAAACAGUGAAGAGUACUAAAAAUUGAGGGAUGUUGAAGGUUAUUUUACAGUAAAAUAAAUAACUUGCAUAAUAGCCCCACUUAAAGUGCUGCUUAAAAUGUUGGGUUUCAGAGAUGUGCAUAUUUUAGUCUUGUAGAUUUUGAGGGAACAAAUAAACACAGUGUUUGGUUCCUCUUGGAUGCUGUAGCCUUUUUUGUAUUUCACAUCAUGGUGCAGUCUGAUGGUUCUUGGUAUGUGUGUAGUUCAGAGGUCUUCAUGUUCACUUUUUAAACCUAGGUAAAAGUUCUUCAGCUUUAGAUAUUUGUUUAAUUUCCAGCAAUGUAGAUAGUUGUUCUUUGCAUUUAGAAGUAUAAACACUUUAAAAAUCUGUUAAUUCUGUAAGUAAUUUUUAUAAUUAUGAUGUAACUCUUAUCCUUAAGACCAUUCAAAAUAAACUCUUUAUGUGCA